CAUUUGUAAAAAUUGAAACACCACACCAGCUACAAUGUUUCCAUAGUCCACAGUAAUUAAUUCAUGAGUUAAUUUCAUACACCUACACUCUUACAUCGAUCGAACAGUUUACUGCUAUGGAAUGUUACUCACAUUCCAAUCUUUGCUUUGACGGUCCAGUUCUAUGGCGUCACAGUAAUUGGAACGGAAUUUGGAAGCCUCUUCAUUUUGCUAGGUGCGAAUCCUGAGUGCAAAAGGCUUCAUUCAGUUCAGUGGAGGUUUUAUUGGUGAAUAACGGUCCGGUCUUCAAACUCAGUCACCAUGUCUGAUACCAAGAUGUAUUACAGCAGACCAACUCUUAUUUCCAAUUGGCAUAAAAACAGAGAGGCCGAGCCCAAAGACUAUGACUUCACUGUGUGUCCAGAUGGAAAGAAGAAACUCAGCAAAUCUACCUACAAACACUUUGGAACCUACAUGGAUGCAGACUGGAGCACAAGCACAGAAACACAAAUGUCCCAGUAUCUCCUGAAGAUAGAUUAUGAGCCCAAGAAGACUCCUAAAUCUAUGGUGGAGGCUGACCACUUCCAGUCUGCAGGCUUUGACAGACGUACAGUCAGCAGAGACACAGCAGGACAUGUGACUGAUGUGACCAAUAGCAUCCUGCCACGUCAUCGCCCCGGGCAUGACCUGAUGGAGUUGGACACCACAUAUGCAGUGGAUUACCUACCCCAAUGGGACUACAGCAAAGAGGCGGUGAGAACAUACUGUUUCCUGUCAUCUGACACACGUCAACUCCUCCUAGACAUACUGUUUCCUGUCAUCUGACACACGUCAACUCCUCCUAGACAUACUGUUUCCUGUCAUCUGACACACGUCAACUCCUCCUAGACAUACUGUUUCCUGUCAUCUGACACACGUCAACUCCUCCUAGACAUACUGUUUCCUGUCAUCUGACACACGUCAACUCCUCCUAGAUAUACUGUUUCCUCUCAUCUGACACACGUCAACUCCUCCUAGACAUACUGUUUCCUGUCAUCUGACACACGUCAACUCCUCCUAGACAUACUGUUUCCUGUCAUCUGACACACGUCGACCAUGUGUUGACAGAUACAGUACAUUGUCAUGUACCACCAUGUAUAGAAGGUUGUUAUCCAUAGCAUUAGUGCUUCCAUUUGAGUGUUUCUGUUAUGUCAUGUGUCAUCAUUUGGCUGUUCCAGAAGCACUUGUGAUAUGCUGCUCUGUCAGCAGUGGCAGGUUUCUAGCAUUAUGUAUUUAAUGUGUGGUUUUAUUUUUUCCUCUGUAUAACUGUUCCCAGAUGUGUAAUAUAGUGGAUAAUGCUCUACAGAAGGACUAGUCUAGGAUUCUGAGCUCUGGGCUUACCCUGCAGGGAGCUGCAUACGUUUCACAUUAAACUUUUAAUUCCAUAGAAAUAUAUUUUUUAAACUCUUCUCAUUUUUAACAGGAAAUAAAACAAAGUAUGGAUUAUAGUGCAAUAGGUUCCCCAUGUGGAGAGAUUGCUGUGUGGAUUUCUGAUUCCCCUAUUAUGUAAACUUUAGUGAACUUAGUUUUUUAUAUGAGUACAUUUGAGGACCUGUGUGUGCUGAUUUCCAUGAUCAAUGUCCACCUGUUGCUGAGGUUGGCUACCUGUUCUUAGAAGACUAUACUGCUGUUCAACAAUCUUGGCACUACUUUGGAAAGGGACCAAAUCAAAUAAAGAAAUCUGAAACUUUUUCAGAUUAGAUGUUUUGAGCUUCGAUAAAUGUCACUCCAUAGAACCAUUUUGUAGAGGCCCACAUUAUUAAGCUAGUCUGCGAUCAAAGUACAACAUUUCCACAGCUCUUUGUCUUGAGCAAAGAACCAGUGAUAGACUCAAACCUUGUCUCUUUUCCACCCAAGGGUAUUACACCGGUGCCUGGCCUAACCUCAGGGUUUUACACCAGUGCCUGGCUUAAAGCCUCGAACUUGUGAAAAGGCAGCAUCUACAUCCACACAUUGUGUCUCCCCCUCCAGAGGACCAUGA